AUGCCUCGUUUAACUUUCGUGUUUAAUUACUGGGGUAUAUGGAAGAGGGAGUCUGAAAAUGCACAAUUGAUUUAUGAUGGCUAUAAUUCUCUUGAAAUCGAAGAGGAAUUUGAUAAGAUGAGUUAUGAUCGUAUUAUGGCUGAAUUUACUAACUUGUAUGGCAGUAAACCUAAUAAGGUGUAUGCUUUAGAUGAAGAGUAUAUUAUUGAAAAGGGUUUAGUGCUACUUAGGAAUGAUGAGCAUGCUAAGAAGGUGUUUGAUUAUCUGGAGAUCCUUGGGGCAACUGAAAUUCUUUUAUUUGCUGAGCAUGAUAGAGAUCCCAUUCCCCAGAUUACACCAUUGCCUUUAUUUGAUGAGGAAAAGGAAGGUAAUGACUUAGAGGAUAUCCAUGGACUGGAGAUUAAAAAUGAUGGUGAGGGGAUUGAUGAUGCAGAGAUUGGGGAAGGGAUAGAGCUAGGAGAAAGUGGAUUAGAUGGACAGGAGGGGAGGGAUGCAAGUGAAGAGGAUAAUGAAUAUGAUCCAUUAGGUCUCGGUGAUGGUUCAGAGACAGACUCUAGUACAUAUAGUCAGGAUCUAACAGAGAGCGAUGAGGAAUUAGUGAAGGCAGCCGUUGUUGGGGAUAUAGAACAGGGAGUUCAAGGACAUUUUGAACUAGGUAUGACCUUUGCAGGGGCAAAGGAGAAUGAAUCUAAGAGGGUGAGGGUGGUUUGUAUUGGUGACAGUACUUGUCCAUUUCUAUUUCUUGCAUCAAAAGAUGGGAAUACAGAGGGUCUUAUUGUUAAGACAUUGGUGGCAGAGCACACAUGUUGUAGGCAAAGACAAGUGCUUAGUGCUUCUCAGGCCUAUCUUGCAAAUUUUUUCAAAGAUGCAAUCUAUAGAAAUCCUAGGUUUACAUCUAAGGAUAUACAGGGGCAUGUGAAAGAUCACCUAAAACUCCAUGUCAGUCUUGGCAAAUGCAAAAGAGCAAAGAGGACUAUCCUCACUGCACUGCAGGGAAGCUAUGUAGAGGAGUUCAAAAGCCUUGUUGGCUAUAUUGACAAGGUGAAUGAGAUCCAGGGAGCAAAGAGGGUGUUCAAGAGGAUCUUUGUCAUGCUUGAUGCAUGUAAGAAAAAUUGGCUAGGUGGGUGUAGGCCUUUGAUCUCCCUGGAUGGAUGUCAUUUGAAAGGGGUUACUUUCGGUUGCCUUCUCACAGCAGUUGGCAAAGAUGGAAAUGAAGGGAUUGUUCCUAUUGCUUGGGCAGUAGUGAACAAGGAGAAUAAACAAAACUGGAAUUGGUUCCUUAACUGGCUCAAGCAUGAACUACAGCUUGGUGAUGGAUCAAGGGUGACUCUAAUAUCAGACAUGCAAAAGGUUAUGCACUGCUCCUAUUCUUUUUGCAUUUUCAGUGUUUUUUGA